UGAUGUCAUGUUGACGGUUCACCAACAGAUGAUGUAGAUGAAGGUCCAGAUGGUUCAGAGUCUCAGUGUUCUUCCUCUCUCUCCUCCCCUCUCACUGCAGACAUGAAACACUGGCUGACAAACAUCCUGAUUCUGACUCUCUGGCUCGAGUGUAAAGGAGAAGACAGAGUGAUCCAGCGCACAGCAGAUGUCAUUGCUGUUGAAGGACACCACGUCACACUUCAAUGUUCCUUUGAGACCAGCGACACAAAUCCUUAUUUGUUCUGGUACCAACAAGAACUAAAUGGUUCUCCAAAGUUUAUGCUGAAACGUUUCAGUUUUGGAGGAGGACAAAAUGCUGCAGAGUUCAACAAAGAGAGAUUUGAUGCUGAAGUCAACAAGACAUCAGUUGAUCUGAAGAUCCAGAAGCUGCAGCUGCGAGACUCUGCUGUGUACUACUGUGCUCUGCAGCCCACAGUGACAGCAAGCAGCAAAAGAGAGGACAAAAACACUACACAACCACCACUAGAUGGAGCAUCCUGCUCCCCCCUUCUCCGCCUCCACAGCGUCGCCUCUCUGGUGUCAGGAUUUGAGUUUGUGCAGCUGGCACAGUGCACGCGGAAGCUGGUUCAGCCGCUGGUGGCGCGGUGCACGCGGAGACUGGUUCAGCCGCUGGUGAUGCGGUCAGUUGUGGCACAGGUGCACAUGACUUUCGAAGGGCUGGUACAGGUGGUAGACUUGGAACAGCCGUUGUCAGUUCAGGGAGAUGCAGAGAAGUCGGGCAUGAGGAAGUCCAAGACGUGA